AUGGAAUUCACCAGCAGAAGCUUCCACAGAAGCCUGAGUAACUCCUUGCAGGACCCUGCACUCAGCAUGAGAGGCCCCAUGUAUGGGAAGGGAGUCGUGCAGCGGCGCAUGUUGGCACCCAGCGUCUAUGGCGGAGCUGGAGGUCAGGGCAUCCGCAUCUCAACUUCCAAACACAUGGUGGGCUAUGGGAGUGAUCUCACCGGAGGACACAAGUUUGCUGGCAAUGAGAAGAUGGCCAUGCAGAACCUAAACGACCGCCUAGCAAGCUACCUGGAGAAAGUACACUCCCUAGAGCAGUCCAAUGCCAAGCUCGAACUGCUGAUCAAGCAGUGGUAUGAAAAAAACACAUCCAGCAUCAGGGACGACCAUGCAUAUUACCAACAAAUAGAAGAGCUGCAAAACCAGAUUAAAAAUGUACAAUGGCAAAAUGCUCGUUGUGUCCUGCAAAUUGAUAAUGCCAAACUGGCUGCUGAGGACUUCCGGCUAAAGUAUGAGUCUGAGAGGGAGAUCCGCCUAACCGUGGAGAGUGAUAUCCAAGGCCUGAAUAAGGUCUCGGCUGAUCUAUCCCUAAGCAGAACAGACUUGGAGAUUCAAGUUAAAGAACUGACUAAAGACCUGGACCUCCUCAAAAAAGAACAUCAGGAGGAAGUGGACAGCCUACGCAGACAUCUGGGCAAUACUGUAAGUGUAGAACUGGAUACUGCUCCAGCCCUGGACCUUGGCGCCCACAUGAAUGAAAUGAGGCAGAAGUAUGAAGUGAUACUCCAGGAGAACCUUCAGAAGGCCAAGGAACAGUUUGAGACACAGACUCAACUUCUGCAGCAACAAGUCACAGUGAGCACUCAAGAGAUAAAAGAUGCUGAGGCUCAAGUAAAAGAGCUGAGACACACCUACCGGAACCUGGAGAUCGAACUCCAGUCCCACCUCAAUAUGAAAGAAUCGUUGGAGCAUACAUUAGAGGAGACCAGGGCUCGUUAUGCUAGCCAAUUGGCCACCAUUCAGGAACUCCUGAACUCCAUAGAAGUCCAACUGACCCAGAUUUUGACCGAUACAGAACGCCAGAACAAGGAAUACAAUAUCCUCUUUGACAUAAAGACCCGCCUUGAGCAGGAAAUUGCUACUUACCGCCGCCUUCUGGAAGGAGAAGAAGGAGAAAAUGUCAAAACUACAGAGUAUCAGUUAAACACCCCAGAGGAGAAAGAUGUAAAGAAAAAAAAGAAGAUUAGGAUGAUCGUGGAAGAAGUUGUGGACGGCAAGGUUGUGUCACAUGAAACCAAAGAGAUGGAAGAAGAUAUGUAA